AUAAGAUUGAUGCUGAAAUUAAAUUUAAAUCUGGUGAUGGCAAAACCUUGAAGCCUACCAAAAAGACUGUUAAGGCAGGUGACAAGAAAGUCGAGUUCAAAGUGAAGGUUAAGGAUGGAAAAUCCGCCAAGUUCACCGUCACAUUGGAAGACAAAGACUGCGGCGUCAAAGCCGAUACAACUUUCAUUGUUAAAGACAAAGAAAAGGAUU